UUCUCUUUCUUGCACGACAAUACAUCACACCACUUGUUGCAUAUGAUUUUAGGAUACAUCACUCACCGUCUUCUAUUGACCACAUAGAAGGCAGGGAAGGUAGAGAGAAGGCUGCAAUGGCCAUAACGAAGGAUGUGGAGAAUGGUGUAGGCAUGCAUGAUGCACAGGGUAACGAAGCGAGGCAGCCUCUUCUCAUCCACCAGAAGGAGUCUUCAGCAGAUAGCCAGGGAUCGAUAUGGAUGGUUCUGCUUAGCACUGCAGUCGUGGUCUGUGGCUCCUUCGAGUUUGGAUCAUGCGUUGGCUACUCUGCACCAACUCAGUCAGGGAUUACAAAGGACAUCGGCCUCUCUCUAUCCGAGUACUCAGUUUUUGGUUCGAUAUUAACUAUUGGGGCGAUGAUCGGUGCAGUCACAAGUGGGCAUCUUGCAGAUUUUAUUGGUCGAAAAGGAGCCAUGAGAGUGUCUGCUGUCAUCUGCAUUAUUGGAUGGCUUGCCAUUUACUUUGCAAAGGGUGCUGUCUUGCUGUAUUUUGGAAGAAUUUCCUCAGGAUAUGGGAUUGGAGUACUUUCCUAUGUGGUACCUGUUUUCAUUGCUGAAAUAGCACCGAAGAAUCUGCGAGGUGGACUUGCAACCCUGAAUCAGCUGCUGAUAUGUGGUGGCCAUUCGGUUGCUUUCGUAAUCGGCACUCUUGUUACCUGGCGCACACUGGUGUUAGUCGGAUUUCUCCCUUGCCUUCUUCUACUUCUCGGACUUGUUUUUGUUCCAGAGUCUCCAAGAUGGCUGGCAAAGGUGGGGAACCAGAAAGAGUUCACAGCUGCAUUGCAAAAGCUUCGUGGAGAAGAUGCUGAUAUCACUCAAGAAGCAGAAGAGAUUCAAGAAUACAUUGAAGACCUUCAGACACUUCCCAAGGCUGGGAUUCAAGACCUGUUUCAAAGCAUAUAUAUCCGUUCUGUGAUUGUAGGUGUUGGCCUCAUGGUGUUUCAGCAAAUUGGGGGCAUCAAUGGAGUUGGAUUUUAUGCAAGCAAAAUUUUUGUAUCUGCAGGAUUUUCCUCAGGCAAACUUGGGACCAUUCUGAUGGGAUCCAUUCAGGUACCCAUCACAAUAGUGGGAGCUCUUUUAAUGGACAGGAGUGGUCGAAUCCCUCUGCUAAUGGUUUCUGCAUCAGGGACUUUCAUUGGUUGCUUUAUCACAGGGACAUCAUUCUAUCUCAAGGCACAGGGAAUUUAUAUGGAAUGGGUUCCUACACUGGCUCUCUGCGGCAUAUUGGUGUAUGUGGGUGCAUUUUCAAUAGGAAUGGGUGCUGUUCCUUGGGUCAUCAUGUCUGAGGUAUUCCCCAUAAACAUAAAAGGAAUUGGAGGAAGCCUAGUGACUUUGGUGAACUGGUUUGGUUCUUGGGCAGUCUCUUAUGCUUUCAACUUUCUCAUGAGUUGGAGUUCAGCAGGUACCUUUUUCAUCUUUUCGGCAGCUAAUGCAGCAACCAUUGUAUUUGUGGCAAUGGUAGUACCUGAAACAAAAGGCCGUUCAUUGGAAGAGAUCCAAGAAUCACUGAAUUCCUCCAAGUAAGAGAAAGAUUAUUAAGAUUUUGUUGGUAAAUUGUUUCUUGGGGACUACCAGGAGUUGCUGUGCAUCUGAAGUACAAGAAGAUGGCAAAUUACAAUCCAUUUAUCACUCUCUAAGAGCUAAUAAUUGAUUAUAUACUGGAAUAGAUUGUAAUACUGCAAUGGAAGCUGAGGAUCCAAAUGAUGUCAACAUUAUAAAUGACUAAUAUCAACAUCAAAAUAUGUACUUCUGGUUGUAUCUUAUCAUGAAGGAAAUCAGAACUUGAAGAUACUCUUUUGAACU